GCAAGUGGUUCACUGAUCAAGUUGCAACUUUUGCGUCGGAUCAAAUGUAGCAAUUUUGUAAAUACUUGAGAGUACUUUAAAUUAUUUCGAUCAAUUGUUUCAAUCUGUAUAAUAUAGUAUGAUGGCGCUAUUUCAUUAUUGUGUAAUUGGCAGAAUUGUAUCAUUGGUAAGUGUAUACAUCGCUUGAACAUGAUAUUAAAUCCAGUUAUAUAACAUGGACUUUCAAAUUAUUGAGUCACAUGAAAUGAACUUCAAAACAUGCGCACUCAGCUAAAAAAAAUGGCAACAAAAUAUCUAUCUGUGUCAGUAACUUCACAGUUUUGGUUAACGGUAUUGACCUCUCUAGCUAACUGCUAUUUCUCUAUAGUUAUUAUCAGUCAAUUUUAUUCAUCUGGUUUGGGGAGGACAACAAUUAUGUCCAAACGCGACUGUGACAGAUUGUAAUUUGAAGCAUCAUCAAGUACUGGUCACAGAAAACAAUUGUUCAAGAUGUAUCUGUUCUAAAGGAUAUUAUCAAAAUCAUGCGCUUGGUGGAUGCAACACAUGUAGGCUGUGUAAAUAUCCUUUUGUCAUCCGGAAAAACUGUACACACUCUUCUAACACUGAAUGUGCCAAAUGUAAAAAGGUUAGUAUAUUAAUUAAUUAAGAUUAUUCGUUCUACAAAAGUGGACUCUGUAUAAGUUCUAUAAAGAUGUUCAUAACUCACGAGCACUGGUAUUGAAUGGCAAUGCUCUCCCCUUAAAGUAAUAAAAUAGGGUUGAUUGGUCUGAUGCUGCUAGAUAGUCUGAGUAACCUGCUGGAGCGCUUUCCCCUUGAUGAGUAAAAUUGUCUGGCAUUAGACAGAAUAAAAUAAUAAACUAGGGGACAUUGUGUGCAAUGCAACUUAAUUUUAAUUAACCAAUUGAGCCGCAGUGCACCCCAGUGCGCCCUACUUAUUGUUUUUACUUAUCUAACGCCAGAUGAUUUUACUAGUCAAUGGGGAAGCUCUGCAGCUUAAUUGGUUAAGUUCUGCAGUUUAAUCGGUUAAGCAAUAUUAAGCAAUAUUUGACCACCAUUUCAAUGCUAAAUGGUUUAGUCUUUUUAAACCAUACAGCAACUUCCUAGCAAUUUCAUUCUCUCAUCACCAGCUGUCACAGUAUCAUGCGAGUAUUAAAAAAAUAGUGAAAAGUUUUUAUCUGAAUUUUCUAGACUUACUAUCACACAACGAGUGGUUGUAGAAAAUGCAAAAAAUGUGAACAUGGUGUUCUUGAAGCAUGUGAGAAGACCCGUGAUACUAUCUGUGCCCCAAAAGUUACCACUUCUACCACAGGCACGGAAAAACCGACAGUCAGUGUCAUAUUAACAAAUGGAAACCAAGCAGACAAUGGUAUGUUGGUAUAUUCUAAAUUUGGGUUAAUUGGGUUAUAAGAGUUAAAUAAACCAUUGAUUAAUCCAGCACAACCUAACUCACUUUGACAAUUAAAAUUGUAUGGCCACGUGUUAGACAGAGUGGAAUCACAAAGUACUUUUAGGGAUAUUGCAUGACUUUGUAGGUUAAAAAGAAACAUGAGUGACAUAUAUAAAUCAAUGUCGCUCCAACAUCACAUAAUACAAUAAGUUCUGCUGAACUAAUGUGUCGAACUGUUGCUGCUCCAAAUUCUGCCGUACUUAAUUGAUUCAUUAAUGUCGCUCUAAUGCCAAUACCAGUAAUUUGUCAAUUGACCCAUUGAAUCGCAGUGCGCCCUACUUAUUUUUUUUACUUUACGAUUUUUCUCAUCAGUGGGGAAGCUCUGCAGCAUUAUGGGUUAUUAUUAACCAAAAAACUGACAAUGUCUCUAGUUUAUUGAGCCGCAAUGCGCCCCUGAGUGCGCUCUACCAGUGGCGGCGCCAGCCUUUUAAAAGUGGAGGGGAUUUUUGAGCGGUGAAGGCGCGAGACAUCCGGAAAUUUUUUGAAAUCUAGAGUCCUGAAAUGCGAUUUCCUGCAUUUUCAGGGUAAGAUUAUUCAGAAUUCCGAAGAUUAUAAAGUAAACAAAACACACAAUUUUUUCAUGAUUAUACGUAUAUAUAAAACCUACAAAUGUAGUAUUACAUCAUUAAAUAAGAAUAUGGAACUGACAAGAUAUUAAUAUCGACCAAAAAUAUAUAUUAGCAGAAAAUUAUAAUUAAAAGAGGGGUAUUUUCAUAUAUAACUCUAAAAUUCCAUUUGGUCUGUGCGAUUGAAACCAUGUUUAACGGCAGAGAAUUAAUAUUAGUGUUUGGAGCCAGGUGCCGUUUGUGGUCCAUUAGGCUGUAACUAGAUUUGAUGGCACGAAGUAUUGCCAUAGCAGCUGUGCAGCAACAACAGUAACAAUCAGUAAUAUUAGCAGCAAAAGGAGAUAGCCAUGACAAUUCUGGACAUUCUGCCAAGGCAUACCUCCGGCACAAGUCACCUUUUGGAAACGAAAUACAAUGUAUAUUGGUCUAUACACCCCCCUUUGAUUGAUAUGACGUCACAGACUCCCCUCAGCGGAUGUGGCUUGCAUAAUACAUUCGCUGUUAACCCAUUGAGUCGCAUUGCACCCUGAUGCACCCCACUUUAGUAUUUUACUCUGUCUAAUGCCAGAGUAUUUUACUCUGUCUAACGCCAGACGAUUUUACUCGUCAAGGGGAGAGCGCUGGCGCUUAAUGGGUUAACUGGCCUAUCUGCCCAUGCGUCUAGUUAACCCAUUGAGUCGCAUAAUGCAGUCUGAUGCACCCCACUUUAGUAUUUUACUCUGUCUAACGCCAGCCGUUUUUACUCUGUCUAACACCAGACGAUUUUACUCGUCAAGGGGAGAGCGCUGGUGCUUAAUGGGUUAACCUUGCUUAAAUGUAUCAAGAUCACUGAUGUAAUAAUACAAACCACAUCAAGAUCACUGAUGUAAUAAUACAUUGUCAAUUUAUCUCUGCAAUCAGUAAAGACUGAUUUGCAUACAGCACACAGAAGAUAAAUUCAGACUAUUUCACAUCAGUAACCAUGAUUUAGUCACAAUUACAACCAAAUGGAUACCAUGCUUAUUAAGCAAAUUCCUUCAAAUCUAAUUGCCACCCCCCCCCUCAUUUUCGUGAAAAAAUUAAUAGCCCCCCUUCUAGUCAUUUAUUUAUACAUAUGGCCCCCCUUAUUUUUUCCCUCCCCCCUUCCAUAAAUAAUGACCGGUCCCUAAACUGAGUGAAAAACAAAAUAGUGUGUAUUUAUUAUUAGGGUGCCAAUUGCCACUCAAAAUGGUUAUGAUGGUAAGAAUGAAGAUUGUAUUUAUAAGUUUUAUAAUGUGUCCUCAUUUUAGGGACUGGAAAAGACUGGGAAUGUAAUCCAAUCUGGUAUUAUGUAUCUAUUGUGGAGUUUGUAAUUAUACUUAUUGUCAUACUUGUGUGUUUGGUAUGCUGCAAAUACAGGCGAAGGCUGUAUACACGUACACAUACAGAUGCUUCAAGCUUGGCAACAAGUUCUUCAAGUCUUUUGCUCCCAAUUAGUAUGUAUUCACUUAUUCAAUAAUUUGAAUUCGUAGUUAUCUCAAUACUUUAACAGAACUUAAAGAAUUAGCAUACAGUAGGUUGCUAAAAAUAAGUCUUUUUUCUUAGAGUCCAAAUGCCCAGAUAUUACAGUGUUGACAGACCAAGGUAAAUGGAAUGAAGUUGUCUUUCAGUAGGCACAGUAGUAUGUUAGAUAUAAUGCAAAUGGUUAACUAGACAUAUGGCCAGAUACAGUGGUGCCUAAAUUACUUUGAAUUUGUACUCGAGUAAAAGUAGAAGUAAUUAACAAUAAAACGACUUGAGUAAGAGUAAAAAGUACUGGAGGCAAAACAUACUGUACUUAAGUAAAAAGUACAAAGUAUCCUCAAAAAUACUUGAAGUAAAAAGUAAAAGUACUAUUGUCCGUAGCGUGUAGGGGGUGGGGAGUUCUGCAAUGGAUUGACAUACAAAAGACACAAAACAGCACACACAUUACAUGCGUGCACCUAAUAUUACAAUAUUUCACGGCAUGGUCUACUUUGAGACCCCAGACACAUGUAUAUCGAGGUCCUAUUACCUAUCCCAAAAUUGAAAUAAAUCUGGAAUAAAUCACGUAAAGUUAAACAAAAUUUAGAAAGUAACGAAAUACUUCGCCACAAAAUGAAAAUAACGAAGUGAAAUGUUGCUUCUUAAAACGACUUCGUUCCAAGUAAAAUUACUCCAGAAAAAGUUUACUUUGUUACAUGCUAACUUCUCAAAAAUAGUACUCAACUACAGUAACGAAGUACAUUUACUUCGUCACUUGAUACCACGGCCUGGCCAGAUAGUCAGUAGCCUGAUUAAUCCAUUGUCAUUGAGCAUCAGUGUCCUCCAUUUGACGAGUGAAAUCUAAUGGGUUAAUUUUUGCUGAUGAACUGUGAGUAUCUUCACGAGCUGAAAAAUUGUUUGACUGCAGUGAAAUCGAACCUGCAACCUUUGGUUUGCUAGUCCAGUGACCAACUGAGCUACGAGGUCAAGUUCGAGUAGGUUAUGUGGCAGAACUCAAUCUAGUUCUUGAGUAAUUCCAUGCCAUUUCAACACAAAAAACUGAUUUGACACCCAACCUCUUCAAAUUUCUUUAUAUUUCGCAGGCAGUUAACAUAUUGUGUGGGAAUAGUUUAAGUUCAAAAUUUGAGCAUCAUAGCUGCAAUAGGUUUUGAGAUAUCGCAAUUCGAAAUAUGGCCCGAAAAGCAAAAAAGUGGGCGUGGCCAGUGCUAAAUUCACCACUACUGCAUUUUACAUUCUGACUUGUAACUUCAUACCCGUACAUGGUAUAUCCAUCAAAAUUUGCAUAAGGAUGUAUUUUUAUGUGGAGAUUUCAAAUAUUGCACUUUCAUCUUGCAAUAUCUGCAACCAGUAAUGUGUUAUGGCACAGAAAAAAGUCUAAUUAUGUGUUUCUGAGUGAGGACACGAAAUAUACAUCAUUUUUAUUGGGAAAAUGUUUAUGGUAGCACCAAUUAUUUUCAAGAGUUCACUGAAAGUACAAUUAUCAACUAUUCCCACACAAUGUUAACUCCCUGCGAAAUAUAAAGAAAUUUGAAGAGGGUGGGUGUCAUGCCUGUGUUGAAAUGGCAUGGAAUUAUAGAUACUCUCUUUUGACAUUUGUAUAAUUGUCUACGAUGUAACGUCUUGUCUUUGUGGUGUUGCACUAUCAUAAAAUACUCUUUUUCUUUUGACAGAACGCGAGAAACUAAUACGUGAUCUUCCGGGCGGUUACGUUGACUUAUUGGGCCAAUUACUGAACCCUAAUGUACGUAAUAAUUGGGUACAGUUGGGUUACGAAUUUCGACUCACUUUGAGCGACAUUGCAAAUCGGAGUGUGUGUGAUGCUGAUCACACACAAGAACUCUUAUUAUACCUGGGCACGCGAAACACAACUGUUAACAUGCUUUGGAGAGGAUUGAAAAAUAUCAAACGGGAUGACGCGUGUGGAACGUUGGUGAAUUUUAUCCUUAAUUUACGAAAGGAUAAUGAAAGUGCAAUCACGUAUAUUUCGGUAAGGUGAUUGCACUGUGAGACUGAGUCGGUCCUACUAAUUACUGCCCGGGAGUCGUGACUGCCCUAGAACUGCCCAAGACUGUCCGGAUAAAUAUAACGUUUUUAUAUAAUACCUUAUUGAAUUCUGAUCGUUUAAUUGGCUGUUUAUGGUCACAUGAUAUUGAAUAGAAAAUUCCAUUUCCCAAGUGUGCAAUGGAAUACGUUCCAUUGGCAUUGCACUAUUUGCGAGUGCAAUUGUACUAUACGUUUUAUUCCAUUGCACUCUGGCUUUGUGUUUUCGAUAAAUCGCAUCCGUCAAAAUGCUUCUCAUACAAAUCUAUUAGUCUAUUUUGGUAUUAUAUAAAACAAAUAAUGAAAGGUGAAAGAUGGUAUGUUCCAUCGGUGAAAGAUGGAUUGUUCCUUUCAACUCGGCUGUCGCCUCGUCGAGUACAUGUAUAAAAAUUGUUUUCAAAACAUUUGGUAUGCUACGUUGCUUGCGUUGCGCGAACCUCGUUUUUGACUCGCGAAUGUUGCGUCUUUGUGAUUACUUGAGUGUGGGGCAGUUAAACAAUGGGAAAUAGUUAAAUAUUCCAUUUUACUUUCAUAACGAAUAGAGGAGAAAUUAUCGGAUUCGACCAAGCGAACUAUACAGCGUGUAUCAGAAAAAAAGUACACAGUAGGUAAUUCCAGCUUUUAGUUUAUGCGUGCAGGGGAUGAUGGGAAGUAAGGUAUCUUAUUGCUGAUUAUGCUGAAAAAUUUCAAUAAAAACUACCGAAACAACCGAAAUAUUUCAAUAUUUACAAGUAUAAGCUAUCACUCCGUGUUUACAAGGUCACCAUUUUUAUUUUCUCAGCAUAAUCAGCAAUAUGAUACCUUACUUCCCAUCAUUACCUGCACGCGUAAACUAAAAGCUGGAAUUGCCUGUUGAAAAAAGUUCACUAAAGUCGGAUGCGCGCGAAAUUUGCGAAAACUUAGCCAUAGCUGAAGCCGGUUUUCCACUAGGCGGAAUUUUCCGCGCGGAGCGGAAUUUCUCUCUGUCUUUUCUAAUUAGUUCCACCUGAGAAACAUUAGUUCCACAUUCGGUGGAAUUCCACCUAAUGGACAACCGGCUUCAGCCUAUGGCUAUGUAUUUUAACGUUCUCUGGUAGCGUUUUUAGAGCAGGAAAGCUGUUACUAAAAAAGGGCCUUGCAAACAUCCGAGCAUGCAUAAAAUUAAUUUGACUAAUCAUGCAAAGAAAUCGCGUUUGAACUAUAAGAAAAUGGGAGAAAAUCCAGAUUUUGAAGAUCUCGCGUUGGCUUAAGAUCCAGACGCGAUUCGACAACGCGACGCGAUUUUUCGAUUUUCACUGACCGCUAAUUUUGAUCCUAUAGUUUAAAUUUUCCAAAUAUUUAGAAGCGUUAUAACAUUUGAGUUAUUUGGUCUACUAAAAAAUCGCGUCGCGUUGUCGAAUCGCGUCCGGUGUGUCUGGACCUUAACGCGUGCACCAAAUUUCCCGGGCAGUCUCGGGCAGUAAUUAGUAGGACCCGACUGAGUUGAAUUAGCGUUUCUCACGCCGCCAUUUUUGGGUGGCUUUUCAGCCGAAGUCUGCGAAAUAAGUCCACAUAAUUACAGCGACUUUUUUAUAAUUUUUUGGACGAAUGAUUGCAAAUUUGCUUUGUAAAUGGUUAGUUUAUUUUGAAAACUUGCUCUUCACAUUGUUUUAAUACACCCUUUCGAUAAUUACGUCACAACUACACUGUUUUCAACUCAAAUGGAAAGGAUUUUAAGUUUUUCUCGUGGGCUAUGCACAGACUGACAUCCUUCUUCAACACAUGCAUGAAAAAGAAUUCUUUAUUUUGAUCGUUUUCGUGUUAAUGCUUGAUCAAAAUCCAAAUUUUUUUUCGCAUGUGUUGAAGGAUGUUCUGCUUCUCUGUGCAUAGCCCAUGAGAAAAAAACUUAAAAUCCUUUCCAUUUAAGGUGGUCCUAAGUUGAAAACAGUGUAAUUGUGACGUAAUUAUCGAAAGGGUGUAUUGUUUGAACGAGAAUUAGAUGCCACCCAAAAAUGGCGGAUAUUCGUCAUCAUGAGAAAGGCAAUAUUAGCGAGCUUAAGAUUUCGACGUUUUUGUCAAUACGGACGUCAGUUCGUCGAGGGGGACUGGAUUAAAAACUGUCGAUUUUGUCAGUUUGUGGUAAUCUUCAACACGGCAUAGGACAAAACCUAAGAUUUUUAAAGUUUUUUGCUUUCUUAAAGGUCCAUACAGACCGACGCGAAUUUUCAGUUUUUAAAAACAAAUAAAACCGUCAACGGAUAAAAAUUUUACAAGAUAUGCAGACCAAAUAGCUAAAAUUGCUCAAGUGGUUCAGAAUUGAUUUGAAAAACAUAGAAAAAUAUUGAAGUUAAAUGUCAUUGAAAAUUCGCGUCGCGCUGCCAAAUCGCGUCCGGUCUGUAUGGGUCUUAAGACGAGCGUUAUUAUGCAAAAUGCCGCCAAAAUUAAUAGUCCUACCAAAUUUGUUAAGAAGAACGUCUCUUUCUUAAGCUCACUAAUACCUUUAACUGAAACUUUAAUUUUAAUUGAAAAUUUGAGUAUACUUCGUGGUAAGUAAGAUACAGUAGUUUUGAGUUUUGAAAUACUGCGCUAACCAGGGGCCGGUUGUAUAAAACUCUUAAUCACUUUUUUAAUCACUAUUUUGUAGUUAAAUAGUGAUUAGCUCUCAAAUACGCGCUUCUUAUUGGAUGACAUUCAGUCCACUUAACUAUGAUUAACUUGAAUCACUUUUUUGUACAACCGACCCAGAAAAAUACGUACAGUGUCAGUGUGCGUAGUUUAAAAUAGUGCUUUAUCGUAUGCGAUAAAAUUAUAAGAGAAACCGAAUGACGAUUCUUUGCAUGUCCAAAGCCGCUAUACACGUAAAAAUGCACAAGUUGUUACAGGUCUGCAAAUAGGUUGUAACAAAUAAGGUUGUUGUCAAGACGAUAUCAGGAUGUGAUGGCAUUGCGCCAUUAGCCAUUCCGAAGUUGAUGAGAGGAUUGGGGACGAGUGUUAAAAAGUGCCCAAAUUAAGAAAUGAACCAACUCACUAAAAAGAUCACCUCAAAAUUAGUAAGUAUGCAGAGUUUGAAGACGUUUACACGAAUAUCCUUUGAAUAAUAAGCUUUCCAAAAUUGUGAAAUUACUGAUUAAAAGAUUGUUUAUUAUUCGAAGGAUAUCCAUGUAAACGUCUUCAAACUUUGUAUACUUACUAAUUUUGAGGAGGUCUUUAUAGUGAUUUGGUUCCUUUCUUAAUUUGGGCACUUUUUAACACUCGUCCCCAGUCCACUCAUCAACUUCGGAAUGGCUAAUUGCGGAACAAGUUGUUAUCACCUUGUUACAAGCUUGAUGACGGUAAUUAGACGUGUUACAAGUUGUUCCAACAAGACUAAUAUUGACAGGCUGUUCGUAGCAAGUUUCUACGGGUUUGUAAAUGCUUGUUGUCAUCAACUUUUUAUCACUAGAUUUGUUGGAACAAUUUAUUACGAGUCUGUUGGCGCAACCCGCGCAGAUUCACUUGAGAAUAGGCCAUGUUUUCAUUAGGGUGAGGCGGUUUUUCGGUAAACCGAAAAAAAAACGAUGUUUUUUGAAAACCGAAAUGCUCGAUGUUACUUUUGGAGAAAAACCGAAAAAAUCAAAUUAAAAAAAAAAACGGGGGAAACGGAAAAAAGACGAAGAAAAAUCGGUAUUUUACUAAAAUCGAACCAUAUACUUACACGAGUUUGUUGCAAAUGAAUCAAGUUUUGGCAUUUACACACGAAAAACUAAAGAGAUUUUGUUUGAAAUUUGAUAACGUCUUCAAAAUAUAUUAUGAAUAAUAUCUUGCGUUAGUACUGAGUAGCGUGUUGUGUCUUUUUUACCGUAAUUUCGAUUUUCGAACAUAUUUUUUAAAAAACCGAUUCACUCUGUGUUUUCGUGGUUUUUUGGUCGUUUUUCGUUUUUUUUUUGUAGAAACCGCCUCACGCUAGUGGUCAUUUCUCUGCGAGAUAGUUCACAUAACAAUAACAACAUGCAUUAAUAAGUGCAAACUGAGAUUACGCUCUGGGGCUUUUGCACGUUUUUGUUAAAAAAUGAGAUGUGAUAUGUAUAGCGCAUUUUGCGUUCUCCUUUUUCAUUUACAACUUUUUAUAACACUUUUUAUAAGACGUAGUUUUGUGCCAUUAUUUGUAAUGCAAGUAAGAUCAAUGUAAAUGACAUCACAUAUAUACUAAGGCCUGUUACAGACGAGCAAGUUUUCUAUAUGACAAGUUUUUAUGUAACAAGUUUUAUUUGCUCGUCUGUACGCGCAACUUUGAUAAUUUUUUGUAUGAGUUUAUAACACUUUUUAUAAGACGUAGUUUUGUGUAAUUAUUUUUAAUGCAAGUAAAAUCAAUGUAAAUGACAUCACGUAUAUUAAGAGUAAGGACUAUUUUUGAACACUAAAAUUGAGGCAAUUAUUUUUUAUAAAAAUUAAUAUUUUGAUCUUUGUAAAACAUAUAAUACGUUUUUCCAAUAUGGAAGUUUACUAAAGUUGAAUACAUUACGUAUUUUGUAAUUUGUAACAUUUAUUACAUUUUUUCUAAUGUGAAUAUUUAAAUUGAAUUAAUUGUAGCGUUUAAUAGUAGAAAACAAUAUGUUACAUUUUUUCAAUGUGAAAGUUUACUAAAUUUGAAUACAUUACGUAUUUUUAAGGCAAUGAUAAUCAACGUGUACUGUAUACUAGAAAUACAACACUGUAAACGAAUAUUUAAUUAUGGUGAAUAAUUUUGAAUAAAUUUUGGGAGAUUAUUUUUAUAUGAUUUGGUUUAAGUAAGUACUGUUUUCAAGCUAAUACAAUUAUCGUUAUUUUGUAUCCUUAGUCUUUUCCUUUUUACAUUCACUUGUAUUUCUUUUCUUCCUACAUUUUUUAUUUCCUUUCAUUUUUCCCGCUGCUUCACGAAUGGCUUUCCUUAAUCUCUGCACUUCCAUUAUCAUCCAUGUCUUUGUCUUGAACCUAUUUCAUCUUUCAUCAUAUUCAUAACUUCAUUUUGAUUUUUAUCCUCCACCUUCUUUUUGAC